AUGUCUUCUGAAAAUGGCACCGUUCUUUCGGUAAACCAAACCGAGAACACUGAGAGUGAAGCUAGGCUAACCAGAUCCAAGGCCAGCGAAGGAAACGUUGAACUCAAAUUGAAGCCUUUGAGAAUGCCUCUGGAUGAGCUUGUUAAUGAUGAAGAAGACGAGGAUUACAAUCCAAAUGAGGAAGAUGAGGAGGCGGAGAAUGAAGAGGACUUGACUGUCAAUGAGAGUAUGAAGGAGGAUGAUGUGGUAAGUUGUGAAACCUUGGAUUUAUUUGAAAGGUAUUGUACAGUGAAACCUCUCAACAACGAACUCUCGUACACCCAAAUUUCUAUAACAACCAAUUUCAGAGUUCCCAAAAAAUCAAUUUUAUGCCCUAUUCGUUGUUGACAGGUUUUACUUGCCUUUGUAUACUGUAUAUACAUACAAUGCAGAAGUAUAAUCUAAAUUAAUUUAUUCCAGAAUGUUUCCCAACUCGAAGCUGAAGCCUCCGCUCCCCUCCGAUUUGACGUGGCUCCCGAAAUGCUCCGGACAAAAACUCCAGAAUAUGUGGAAUUCGUCCAAAAAGUCUUUAAGGAAAAGUUGGAUGAGACGAACGAAAAUGAAGAGGAUCCGGAUUACAAUGAAACCGUCGAAGAGGAUAAUGAAAUUGAUGUGGAAAACGAUGAUGAAGGAGAGGAUCAAAUUGAAGUAGAUGAAGACGCGAGUGGUGAUGAAUAUGCGGAUGAGAGUCAGGAAGAGGUUGAUGUGAGUAUGGAGAUUCCGAAAGAGGAAGUGGAAGAACUCCAUAAUGACGCGUAUGAAGAGAAUUAAAAUAUUUAUUUAUAUUUUUUUUGUUUAAGCGUGGAAUAAAUGUGCGUCGUCAUUACGAAGGCUUACAAUCUAAGGUCAUGAGUCGAUGUGAUAUAUAAAAUAAGUAGAAUCACUCAAGGCUGAUAAGGAGGGGUAAAAUAACAAAAAAAAGAGCUUCUGUAGAGAACAAAUGAUUUGUGCUUUGACUUUAGCCUUUGGACGGAACUGGGACGAUUGGGGAAAAAGACGAUUGGGGAAAGGGACGAUUGGGGAAAAAGACGAUUGGGGAAAAGUACGAUUGGGGAAACCGAAAAGUACUAUUUUUCUUCCAUGCAAAUGUCGAAGUUAGGAUAA